AAUUUGAAAAGGAACUGACCAUUGCAGAGACCUAAGAUUUAAGGGAGAAGAUGAAAUCUAGGGUUCCAACCUCCAAAACUCGAACUCCGGAAAGACGACAGUAACUGGCACAAGCCGAUCCUGUGCGGCAUGGCUGGGUAUAAUCUGCAUUUUAAUUUAAGUCACGGAUAUUGCCUAGGUAAUAGCUGGGUGUUGUUACGAGAACAUCACAACAAAUCUGUUGGGUUCCCGAUGUGGUCACUACUUGAUAAGAGAAUAAGGAUUGUGCUGCAAGCUCAAUUUGAUAGCAAUUUGUUAGAAUUUUAGGUUUUGUGAUCGUUGGGCUGGAGACAUUAGUCGGUGGGGGGGGGGGGAAGAUGGGCUGUCAGUUAAAGAGAAGGUCAUUUCGGCAACUGUAGGAAGCCCCGUUGGAUUGUGGUGGCUUGAAAGGUCGACGGGCUGUUUUGAAAGGCUUCGCGAUGAUGCGCGGUGUUUGGUUGGGCAGCGCUACUAGGCAGAGUCUGUUCCCUUCCUUACCUUUAUACCAAUUUCCGGCUCCUCCCUGUCGGGUGCAAUGCUGCGCUGCUGUGGACGCUAAGAAACUGGUGGACCUGGAGUACGCAGAGCUUGAGCUAAAUGAUAUCCAAGUUGGAGGGGUGAGGGUACGACAGCAUGCGAAUCCUUUCAGGGCGACUUUUACGACUCCUAUAGUGCCUCCAACUUGGGAAACCGAAUUUGCCGACCCAACUUUACCUCUUCAUGUGGACAUCGGCUGUGCAAGCGGUAGACUUUUGAUGCUCUUGGCAAAGAGGAAUGUGGGAUCCUGCAACUACCUGGGCAUAGACAUACGUGAGAAGUUAUUGCAGCGGUCAACAAAAUGGGCUCAGGAGCUUGGUCUUACAAACAUACAUUACAUGGUCGCAAAUGCAACGUUAUCCCUGGAUGCAAUAUUGAUGAAAUACCCUGGUCCACUUAGGCUUAUUUCAAUACUGUGUCCAGAUCCUCAUUUUAAGCAAAAGCAUCGAAAGAGACGGAUAGUGCAGAAGACUUUGCUUGAAGCUCUUGAGAAACAUCUCCCACCUGAUGGUCAGGUAUUUGUUCAAUCUGACAUUGAAGAAGUGGCCGAGGAUAUGAGAGACCAAUUUGAUGAGAACGUGAAGUUCACUCGUGUGCACCCAUGUGGGUCGGAUAUGUGCGAUUCUGAGGGCUGGUUAUUAGAAAGCCCUCUUGGGAUUGCAACUGAGAGGGAAAUCCAUGCUGUUGCAAAUGGAGGAAGAAUUUUCAGACAGCUGUUUCAACACGUAUGAGGAAGAUCCAAAUUGUGCUUGUGAGGUCUUGUUCUUCAAUUGCUUUGAUGUCAAGUAUUCACGUGACUUAAUGAAAUUUCCAUAUGAUUUAGAUAUGGCACUCAACACCGUGACUUGAGUUUGAGUAAAAAUAAUUUAGUAUUUUUGUUA